GAGCGUGAGAGAGGGAGGGAGAGAGAGAGGGAGGCACAGGUGAAACCAGCGCUACUCUUUCUUGUGCCUGUAAACAAAGAGGAAGGGGAAUAACAUAUAGACGUGGACACGACACACGGCGGGACACAGUUUCACGCGCAGCUGCGUCCAUCAUGACUUCGGCGACUUUGAAGUAACUUCACGACGGGGUUCACUAAUAACCCCACACCGCGCGUCAUUUCUCCACUUGUAAGUUAACCUACGAACACAGUGACCAAAGGAUCCACUCCAACCUUGACCGUCCACGAUGACAAGUCAGGACCCGGUCAACGCUUCACAUGCUGCAUUUGACCUCUUUGUCCAAGCCCAGACUUGUAAGGAUGUGAAGCAUCACUUCGCAGAGCUCUGCAGGCUACUGGACAUCAACCCCAAGGAUUUCAGGACCUUCUAUAUCAAAGUGAAGGAAAAACUGAACUACUGGAAAGCCAAAGCUUUGUGGACAAAGCUGGACAAAAGGGCAUCUCAUGCAGAUUACCAGCAAGGAAAAGUCUGUAUCAAAAACAAGUGUCUCGUGUUGGGUGCAGGACCAUGUGGGCUGAGAACGGCCAUCGAACUGUCUCUUCUGGGGGCUCAGGUGGUGGUGUUGGAGAAGCGAGAGUCUUUCACCAGGAACAAUGUUCUCCACCUGUGGCCCUUUACCAUCUACGACCUCCGUGGGCUCGGAGCCAAGAAGUUCUAUGGCAAAUUCUGCUCUGGCUCUCUGGAUCACAUCAGCAUUCGCCAGCUGCAGUUGAUUUUAUUGAAAGUGUCUCUUCUCCUCGGGGUGGAGGUGCACACUGGAGUGGAGUUCCAGGGUUUGAUUGAGCCCUCAGAGGAAAAUGGUUGGAUGGCGAAGCUGCUUCCUGCAUCUCAUCCUGCUGCAACCUUCCAGUUUGAUGUCUUCAUCUCUGCCGGGGGAGGCAGCUUUGUCCCCACUGGUUUUAAGCACAAGGAGCUGAGAGGCAAGCUGGCUAUCGGCAUCACAGCUAACUUCAUUAACAGACACACAGCUGCUGAGGCCCAAGUAGAAGAGAUCAGUGGCGUGGCACGCAUCUACAACCAGAAGUUCUUCCAAGAUCUGCUCACUGAGACCGGUAUUGAUCUGGAGAAUAUUGUCUACUACAAAGAUGACACCCACUACUUUGUCAUGACCGCCAAGAAGAAGAGCCUGCUGAAAAUGGGGGUCAUUAAACAGGACCACGCUGAUGCAGAGGAGCUACUGGCUCCAGCAAAUGUGGAUAGUGAGGCUCUGAAACGCUAUGCCCAUGAUGCAGCAAACUUCUCCACAGGUGGAAAACUACCUGACCUCCAGUUCGUUAAGAGCCAUGCUGGCAAGCCAGAUGUGGCCGUGUUUGACUUCACCUGCAUGCACCGUGCAGAGAACGCCUCACUUGUCAGGGAGAGGAGGGGAAAGAAACUGUUGACGGGUCUUGUUGGAGAUUGCUUGGUGGAGCCUUUCUGGCCUCUGGGAACAGGCAUAGCCCGUGGCUUCCUAGCUGCUUUUGACACAGCAUGGAUGGUGAGAAGCUGGGGGAUGGGUGUCCCACAUUUUAAGGUCCUGGCUGAGCGAGAGAGCAUGUACCAGCUCUUGUCCCAGACCACACCAGAAAACACCAGCAAAAACUACGCUGGUUACAGCAUCAACCCCAAAACCAGAUACCAGAGGGUCAACCUCUCAGCCAUCCACGCCAACCAGGUGCAGCAUCUAUAUGAUGUUGAUAAAUCCCAACCAUCAAGCAAGAGACAGAAGGAGAAGAGUCAAGAUUCAGUCCACGGUUUUGAAGAGUUGCUGAAAUGGUGCCAAAAACACACUGUAGGAUACGACCAUGUGAAUGUCAAAGAUUUUACUCAUUCUUGGAGGUCUGGACUGGCUCUAUGCGCACUGAUUCACCACUUCAGACCUGAUCUCAUUGACAUGUGCUCCCUGGAUGAGUCAAAUGCUAUUCACAACAACCAACUGGCCUUCAGCGUCCUGGAGAAGGAGCUGGGAAUCCCUCCAGUCAUGUCCACCGCCGACUUGGCCAAGAGCGGUCAGAUAGACAAGUUGUCCAUGGUUCUCUACCUCACCCAGAUCCACGAUGCCUUCACUGUGCCAGCAAAAGAUAAAAGUUUACACCCUACAGGCUCCUUGCCAUUGUUGAAGCCUCUGACUCUCUCCCGGACACAGUCGGCUGUCUUUUUCCUGAGCAAGCUGAAGCACAACUCUCUGCAAAGACGUAAAGAGAAGCUGGCAGCAGAGAAACAAUCAAGUGAAGGCGAGACAAGGAUGGGAGAUGAGGAUAGUACGGCAGUGUCUUCUGUGUCCCCCGAGCUCAGUCCUAUACGUGACCAAGCUCCAGCGCCUGAGCCUGAAACCAGUCCGGGUGUGUCGAUGACAAACAGCGAGGAGUGUUAUUUUUGUGGUCAAAAGGUUUACGUGCUGGAGCGCAUUAGUGCUGAGGGCAAGUUCUUCCAUCGCAGCUGCUUCAACUGCCACAAGUGCAACAUUACACUUAGACUGGGGGGAUACACCUUUGACCAGGCCACAGGGAGGUUUUACUGUGAGCUGCACUCUGAAGAGCUGGAGCUGGCAAACGGGGCUGAAUCUUCUCAUGAGGAUGAAAGGACAAAUAUAGAGAAUGGGCUUUCCAGCGAUGACUAUACACUGUCUCCAUCAGACGAGGAGUUUGAGCACACUUUGGACUGUGCUCCCUCUUUACCUACACAGACGCAUGGUUCUGAUGGACAGGACCAGCAUGUACUUGUACCCAAAGAAGAGUCCAGAGAACCACAUACUUCAAAGACCCCAGAAACCCCUACCAAUCCUCCAUCUCAAGCCAAGGUAGCAGCUUUCACUGAGGAGACAGAGGAGCUUCCUUAUCCUGUCCCUAAGCCCCGUUCCUCUCGGCAAACCACACCCAGCCUACAACCUUCCCCAGUAGCAAAACCUCGUACAAUCCACCUUUACAAUUCCUCAAGUCUAGAAAAUAAUUCCUCUCCAGUCCAAACAAAAGAAAUUGCUAAGACCACACCAGACUCCCGUCCUAAGCAGUCCCUGCGGAAGCUUCAGCUCACCAAUGAGGAGAAAAACCAACUGAUUAAUCUUCAGAGUUUCAGUGCAGACUCAGACUCUGAAACUCCUGGUGGCUCCUCAUCCUGCUCCUCUUCUUCAGCAACAGCAGGAGGUCCAAGCCCUCCUAAACCAGAGGGCCUGGACGGCCAAGAAGAGGAGGGCUACUGGAGCGGCAGCACCGCUAGUCACAUGCGGGAGAAAAGGAACCGACGGUGCUUCAGGAGGAAAGAGAUGCCAAGCGGGCAGCCCAGGGUACGAUCAAAGUUUUCCCCCUGGAAUCUCUCGUCCCCACGGAUCAGCAGAGACACACGUCUCAGUGUCCUCAUUAAACAUCCAGGGAGAGUGGAAACAACAUUCACACAUGCCCACAGAACCUCAGAGGAGGGUGCUGAUGGAGACGACGACGAUGACGACGAUAUGUUUGAACAAGAUAUUGACCUAUUUGAUGAGAUGGUGGUGCCAUCAGACCCUGUUGAGGCUGAGAAGCUGGAGUUGAUGAAGAUGAAGACCCUGGAGCGAAAAGCCAAGAUGAGUGAAUUACAACGAUUCCGUCAAGCACAGUCCAUCCAGAGGAGACUGGAGGAGAUUGAGGUGAAUUUCAAGGAGCUGGAGGAGAAAGGUGUCGUGCUGGAGCAGACUCUGCGUGGAGAGGCUGGCAGCAAUGACUCUUCUGAAAUGAUCGAGGACUGGAUCCAACUUGUUCACGAGAAGAACGCAUUGGUUUCUGAGGAGUCUGACCUCAUGGUGGAGUCUCGUCAGCUGGAGCUUGAAGACAAGCAGAGUAUGUUGGAGUUGGAGUUAAGGAAGUUCAUGGAGCUGAAUGACAAAACCACAGAGCAGAAGGCUGAGGAACAGCGACUCUUUGAACAGAUGAUGGAGGUGGUGGACAUGAGGGACUCUCUGGUGUCUUUUCUGGAUGAGAAGAGGCUGAAGGAGAUGAGCGAGGAGCAGGAGGCCUUCACCAUUAUGGAGGCCAAACGCCACUCAAAGGCGGGAGCUCAGGUUCAGUGGGAUUGAACUUGUAUUUUACAUGGACGUGCUAAAUAGAAGCUCUCACAGAAACUUGUAACUAAAAUUUUGGAAAGCCAAAGAUGUUACUGAUUCAUUAUGGAGGGUGACCCACCCCAAGUGGUCCUCCAGCGUUUCGAUAAAAACCUGCUCGCUUAUGGUGGCUGAAUGAAUAGCUGCUUCACUUCAGCCCCUAGAGGGAGACAUAAACCUGGAGAUCUAAGGUUGUGAGUCAACUUGUUCUACUCUAGCACCUGUCCUGUCUGCGGUAAUGGAGGACAACAACAACCCACAAAUGAAAAAGGAUCUUUUAGUAUCUGCUGCACUAUUGAAUAGUAACCACUCAGCAGAUAAUCAUUACCAAGGCUGGGAUUUGGCCUGGUUUUGUGGGUCGUGUGCAUGGAGAGCAAUAAAAGGACAGCAGAGGGAAACGUGCAGCGAGUGGCUGGCUUUGGAGCCAUACUCGUAGAUCUAGAAAACACAGGGUUAUUGGGGUUUUGGAAAUAUUAUGAUGUUCAUGUUGAGUUUACCUGUCAUGAAUAAGUAUGAUUGUACAAAAAGAUAUAAUAAUACAGUACAUAUCAUAAUUUUAUGUUUGGUAUUUAUAUACAGAGUAGAAAUGUAACAGAGGAAGCUUAAAUAUUAAAAUUACAGUUAUUCAUUAUUUUCUUUCUUAUUCAGUUUUCAGUUUUGAAUGUUAAUUAAAUAUGUAGCACUUCACCGUGUUCACCAUGUCUCUUCCUGAUAGCAUGUUGGAAAGAUAAUCUCAGGGGUCGAUAGAUCGCUCCUCUAUAGGAUCAGUUGGUUUUCAAAGUUAGCCUCGCACAGUUGGCUGCUUCUUAGGUGGUGGUUUAUUAAAUGAACACAUGGGAUUUGAGAAGAAUUAAAAUGAGAAUAAAGUGAACUCGUUCAUCCAUUCA